AUGACGCCUGUGGUAGAGAGGAUCGCUAAGGAACAAGGUUCUGCCCAUUUUGGCGGUGCGACUGCUCAGAUUCCGCUGGCCGCAUACCCAGGCAAUUCCGCCGCUUGGAAUGGUGAAAUUCCUGUCAGUGGAAGCCUGGACUUUGGCCUCAGAACGGGCGAUCCAUUUGCAAAUGCAUCGAUCUUCGACAUUGCAAAUGACGACAACGUCGAUUCUCAGAAGAAUUGGGUCGGUGAUGGAUUUGAGACCUUCUUCCUCCCUAGCUCAGUAUCAGGCGAACCAGUGGUGGUGGCCUCCGAAGCUCAGUCUACCCGCGAAGACGAACUGGACUUUGGGAUUCCGCAACAACGCUCUAGCUUGGCUAAUCGCGUUGACAUUGACCCUUCGAUCCCUCUUGAAGAACAGAGCAAGAAAUCUAGCCCUCUGCUCUGCCAGCUCUUCAACAACGAAAUCUUCACCCAAUCAACGCCCACUCCCCAAAUUUUGACCGAGAAAGUCCAGACUCUGAGUUUCUCAGAUACCAACACUACCGAUGCGCAAAAGCUGCUAUCGGCGAUCAACUCGGAACCAUACCUGCUCGAGGUGCUGGAUUUCUCUAACAACUGGUGGAUUGCUUGGCGUGACCAGGCUUUUGCGUUGCAGGAUGUGUUUGAUUUCUCGAAGGAGGACAAAUGGCUACCCAAAGGACCGGGUCCCAGUUCUUAUGCCAACACCAGCACUGGCACUCCAUGUGAAUCGCCAUCGAGAUCAAGUCCAUGCUCGUCUGGGGCGAAGAGGACAUACUCCGGUGAUCAGCCUAUGUCACUCCGGGAUUUUGUUAUGCUCAAGCUCUCCCAGUCUGAAGACCCAGUCUCCAUCUCAACAGGUCUGGUCUGCGUCGCGCUGUCAUUGAGCCAACUUCGAUCCGGAGUGGACGAUACGGUCCUGAACAUCUCCACCACCCCGGCCGAGGCCGUCGACCGCAUCACCCUUGCAGUAGACACGAUCGUCCUCUCCCCGUACUCCAAGCCAGCGUACAUGUCGGAUGCGGGCGUCUUACUGUUGCUCAUGAUGCGUGCCAAGAUGUUUGCAGAAAGUAACCAACUUCGGAAAUCGUGGCUCAGCUUGCGCCAGGCUAUCGAGGUGGCGAAGAAGAUUGGUUUCACCGAGCCGAGAAUACCGUUAGACGCUGGCGAAUUUGCGGCAAGACUGUGCCCAGAAGAGUUGAUGAAGCUCUUUCACCGCCAGCGGUUUGUCGGCUCCAUCAUGGAGCUGGAUCGCCUGAUGAGUCUGGUCCUCGGGUUUCCGCACGCGCAGGACGGGAAGUUCACCGAUCGCUUGGCCAUGACUGUUUUGAAAGGGCAGGCGCCCCUGGCUGCAAAUGAAAGCAAGCCACACAUUUCCACUGACAUUAAGAUGCGGGCGUUGCGACGUGUUGUUUCCGUCGCGGCUGGUCGUGUCAACGACAGGAACUGCUCUCCAGAAGCGGACGAAUCCAAGUAUCAGACCACCAUGGACAUCCAAGAAACCCUUAACGAGGCCGCCGCCGCAAUGCCAGAUGGGUGGUGGGACAUGAACUCCCACAUUCACCAUGCCGACUCGAAUGUGGCGCAUGAACACCUCGUGGCCCAAAUGUGGUUCUGGCAGGUCCAAGCAUUCGUCCAUCUGCCAUUCAUGAUGAAACCGUGCUCGAAGACGCGUUCUUCAGAGCCCCAACACAAGCGGAAUGACGACAUGGUAGACGAAUACCUGAUCAAUCGGUAUCUCUGUCUGCAAGGAUGUCGUGGGAUGAUCCGGGUCUUCACCCUGCUUCGCUCGGAUCCUUCGCUAGCCGUCUAUAUCUGCCCCUGCGAGGAUUUCCAAGGCGUUUUCAGCGCUUGCAUACUCAUGGUGGGCAUUUUGAUCCGCUUGGCAUUUUGUCCACAGACGCUGCCUAGCCCGAACGCCGCCGUGAUGGGUAGUGUCAAUGAAGACCUCGCCCUAAUCAGCGAGAUCAAGGACGUUUUCCGAUAUCGCGCAGUCCAGUACGGUGGAGCCAUCAGCAAGCAAGGGUUGAAAGUGCUCGAGGAGCUGGGCUCCUUCCUACAUGAGGACAGCCCCAUUGACGAAGGGCAGCCGUUGCGGAGGACAGUGGUUCUGCCCUACUUUGGAGCGAUUCACCUCGAGUUGAGGCCACCGCGGCACCUGCGCUGCAACUCCACGGACAUGGAAUCUAGGGAGUUAAGCACAGCAACUGACCCGACGCCUCCCAGCUCGACCGAGCACUCCGUUGAUGGAGGAUUCGAUCUAGAGCCCUCGAAUAUGGUCGACUUCGCGAUGCCUGGUUUUGACGUCAAUACCGCCUCACAGGCCACUGUGCCUGAUGGUAACGUGGAUUGGGAUCAGUUCAUUUUCGGUACCGAGUUGGGCCAGGAUUGGGAGGCGCAACUCCCGGAAUGGCCGACAGAUGAGUCCCUCUGGGAAUGGAGUUAG